UGAUAAGAGAGAAUCCAUGCCACAUAAAUUGUAAAACAGCAAUUAUCUUAGUCUAGUUUGAAGCUGAACCACUCUUCUUUCAUAUUGUUUUAUCCUAAACUCCAAAUAUGGCCCAAGAAUUCCAAAAGGCCAUCCACUAUUCCUUCAGUGGCUGAGGUUGUUGCCUACAAUUUAUGUCUUGCCAGAGUGCCACAUAAGAUUAAUCCAAUAUCCCAUUUAGCCUAAAUUCAACAAAUAAAAUAAAAUAAUAAUAUUAAAAUAUUGUUCAUUAAAUUCAAAUAUCCAAAAAGAAACCUUUUAUUUUCUCCAAUUGGAAGUUGGAACAUUAAUUAAACUUGGCUUUGGACCGAAAGAGAGCCCACUCAAGCAGUCUGCUCACUCGAGUUCACGAGGGAACUUCAAGUUGGGGAGCUAAUUAGGUUCUUCAACAUCUUACAAACAGACAUCAGUAUUUGCGUCGCAUUAAGAGUGUAGAUUAAACCUACUUCACGAUGAGCAAGUCACUGGAUUAUGAAAACUUGAAUGAAAAUGUGAAGAAAUGUCAGUAUGCCGUCCGAGGUGAGCUGUACCUUCGGGCUUCUGAGCUUCAGAAAGAGGGGAAGAAGAUCAUCUUUACCAAUGUUGGCAAUCCUCAUGCUCUUGGACAGAAGCCUCUGACAUUUCCUCGCCAGGUGAUUGCUCUCUGCCAAGCUCCAUUCCUUCUGGAUGAUCCAAAUGUAGGACUCAUUUUUCCUGCUGAUGCGAUUGAAAGAGCUAAACAUUAUCUUUCACUUACUUCGGGGGGUCUAGGUGCUUACAGUGAUUCACGUGGCCUUCCGGGAAUAAGGAAAGAAGUGGCAGAGUUUAUCGAGAGACGGGAUGGAUAUCCAAGUGAUCCCGAACUUAUAUUCCUAACAGAUGGUGCUAGCAAAGGAGUCAUGCAGAUUCUGCAAGCCAUCAUUCGUGGUGAAGGUGAUGGGAUAUUGGUUCCUGUUCCACAAUAUCCACUUUACUCUGCAACAAUAGCUUUAUUGGGUGGUUCACUUGUUCCAUAUUACCUUGAGGAGACUGCAAAUUGGGGUCUUGAUAUCGUUAACCUUCGCCAAUCAGUUGCCCAGGCUCGUUCUCAAGGGAUAACUGUUCGAGCCAUGGUGGUUAUAAAUCCUGGAAAUCCUACUGGGCAGUGUCUUAGUGAAGCAAAUCUGAGGGAGGUUCUAAAUUUCUGUUACCAAAACAAGUUAGUAUUGCUUGGGGACGAAGUCUAUCAGCAGAAUAUUUACCAAGAUGAGCGUCCCUUUGUUAGCUCUAGGAAGGUUCUUAUGGACAUGGGCCCACCCAUGAGCAACGAGCUGGAGCUAGUUUCUUUCCACACGAUCUCGAAAGGUUUUUGGGGGGAAUGUGGGCAGCGUGGUGGCUACUUUGAAAUGACCAAUAUUUCUCCCAAGGCAGUGGAGGAGAUUUACAAAGUUGCUUCAAUAUCACUGAGUCCAAAUGUCCCUGCACAAAUACUUAUGGGAAUCAUGGUCAACCCUCCUAAACCUGGAGAUAUAUCUUAUGAAAGAUAUGUUAGAGAGAGCAAAGGCAUCCUCGAGUCUUUGCGAAGGAGAGCGCAAUUAAUGACAGAUGGAUUCAACAGCUGCAGAAAUGUGGUUUGCAACUUUACUGAAGGUGCCAUGUAUUCGUUCCCCCAAAUACGCUUGCCACCGAGAGCCUUGGAGGCUGCGAAAAAGGCUGGAAAAGUUCCUGAUGUUUUCUACUGUCUCAAGCUUCUAGAAGCCACCGGAAUUUCAACUGUCCCAGGUUCCGGAUUUGGUCAGAAGGAAGGGGUUUUCCACCUGAGAACCACAAUUUUACCAACGGAGGAAGACAUGCCUGCAAUUAUGGAAAGUUUCAAGAAGUUCAACGAUGAGUUCAUGGAGCAAUAUGAAGACCAAAGGGGCUAUUCGAGGAUGUAAACAAGAGCGUACUGAGGAGAAAACGUCCACAUUUGUAUUAUAUUUAAUUAAUAAUAAACCUUUUAAACUCUCAUGUAACCUAUUGUUUUCAAAACUCUGUUGCACUGCUCAUUUUCCUCCAGUAAAACUUAUGCUCAGUCAGAUAUGGAAAUUUCUGACUAGUGGUAAUAGUGUUGAGCUUCAACAUUGUACAACGUAGCUAAAGAAUACAAGGAAAUGAUUUAAAUUGUUCUCGAAAACACUGAAUUUCAAGAAUUUGGAAGGCACUAAAAAUAAUUUCGAAGCGAAA